AUCUCUAAUUUUGUGGCUAUUUCUUCUUCGAUGAUUGCAUUUGCAGUUUCCAAUACUCCUCUCUUUAAUUUGUGUAUGAGCAAUCAUGUAAAAUUAUAGAAUAUGAAUGCAAUAGUUUAAUUAUAAUAGUAAUAGAUGUAUACCUGGUAGGAUGAGUUUUUGACAUAGCUAUGAACUCCAUCGCCACCAUUCAUGGAUUCUUCCAAAGAUAGUCAACAUUUUUCCAUGAAUGGUGGCGAUGGAGUUCAUAGCUAUGUCAAAAACUCAUCCUACCAGAGAGGAGUAUUGGAAACUGCAAAUGCAAUCAUCGAAGAAGAAAUAGCCACAAAAUUAGAGAUUUCAACUAAUAGCUUCUGCAUUGCCGACUUCGGGUGCUCAACCGGAAGCAACUCUUUUCCGGUCAUGCACACAAUCAUCGAAGCCGUCAAACAGAAAUACGAAUCCUCAUACCUCAAAACCCCAGAGUUCUACGUCUACUUCAAUGACAUCGUCUCCAACGAUUUCAACACCCUCUUCAGUUCCCUCCCGCCCAAUAGGAGUUACGAGGUUUUAGCAGUGCCCGGAGACUUCCACCGCCGCCUUCUCCCGCCGUUGUCCAUCCACUUUGCGUACUCUGCUUGGUCUCUCCACUGGCUGUCGGAGGUGCCCAAGGCGGCAGAGGGCCUCAAAUCUUUGAUUUGGAGCGGAGGAGAGAAUGAGGAGGUUUAUGCAGCUUAUUUGGGGCAAUUUGAGAAGGAUUUGGAAUCAUUCUUGAAGUGUAGGGCUGUGGAAAUGGUGAAAGGUGGGAUUAUGGCUCUUCUAAUUCCUGCACUACCUGCCUAUUGGGACCCACAAAAAGAGUAUACGGUUGGGACACUGGCCGACCUUCUCAGAUCUUCCCUCCUCGACAUGGCCAAAAAGGGAAGAUUAAGUAAGGCGAGGUCGGAGACUUUUAACUUUCCAUGCUACACUCCCACCCCAGAAGAGUUGAGAGCCAUAUUGCAAAAGAGCAAUAAUUUCAACAUAGAAAAAAUGGAGAUUUUAAAGACGAGGACAUUGCUCACUAUUGAUGGCCAUGUGGCAUUUUUUAGGGCAGUUAAACAAAAUAUGCUUAUGCAUGAGUUUGGAGACGAAAUCAUCGACGAAACGUUCGACCUUUUGAAGAAGAAACUCCAAAAUUCAGUAGCUUACGCAAAUCCUUCUAAUGAUAGAACUAUUGUGGUGGUUGUUAUUCUCAAGCGCAACGAUGUUUAGUGUGGUCACGGUUGUUGUUUUGUUGGUCUCAGAUCACAAUCAAAUAAAGUGUUCUAUUAA